UGUGGUGAUGUUAAGAAUUAUAGUUUAGUUUAAUGUUUCUGAUUAUUUUCUGCUUGUAAUUAUAUUCUGACCAGUUACAGCAGCAGGAAGCAACCAGCUGUUCUUUUCUCUGGGCUCAUUUCUCCUCAUGACUCCAUCAUGAAACAUUUUCAUCAGAACUUCUCUCCUGUCUCAUGAAGAUUUAUCAACCUGCCUCUGAUUUCACUGCAGACCUUCUACUUCCUGGUUCUGCUGCUCUGAAAGAAGAAACUACAAACCAGGUGAAGGUAGAAAGUGUGUGUGAGCUGAUGUGAAUUCAGCAGCAUGGAUCAGUGUGAGGACAGAGAGGAGGGAGUCCCUCCCUCUAAAACCACUCUGUGUGGGGAAGAUGAGCCCCAGAGCAAAGGUCAGAGGAUCCAUCAGAGACUCAAACCAGAACCAGAAGCAGAACCCAGCUGUGUGUCCUUGAAGAGCGACAGGUCAAAGGAUGAGAUCCUUAACUUUAAAUCUCCUGGAUCUCCACCAUCAGAGAGAAUCCAUCAGAUUUUCACACAAGAAGAAUCAGAACCCAGCUGUGUGUCAUUUAAGAGCGACGGUUCAAUGGAUCUUCUCAUUCACUUUAAAUCUCCUGGACCUCCAUCAUCAGAGAGAGUGGACCAGCAGAGCUCAGAGGUUCCCAGUGGUCCGUCUGCCCAGCAGCAUCAAACACAGCUGGACUCCAUAUUUAUGACGCUGGAGGACAACAUUGUCACUUUUCUGAAGAACGAACUGAAGAAGAUCCAUAAGAUUCUGAGUCCAAAUGACCCAGAAUGCUCAGAGAGUCAGAGAGAUGAUGAUGUGUUGGAAGGUGAAGAUGAAGAGCAGAGGAGGAGCAGCAGAGAGGCAGUGAUGAAGAUCACACUGAACUUCCUGCGGAGGAUGAAGCAGGAGGAGCUGGCUGACCGUCUGCAGAGAAAACAAUGUGCUGCAAUUUGUCAACAUCAACUUAAAUCAGGUUUGAAGAAGAAGUUCCAGUCUGUGUUUGAGGGGAUUGCUAAAGCAGGAAGUCCAACCCUUCUGAACCAGAUCUACACAGAGCUCUACAUCACAGAGGGAGGGACUGGAGAGGUCAAUGAUGAACAUGAGGUCAGACAGAUUGAAACAGCAUCCAGGAAACCACACAGACCAGAAACAACAAUCAGACAAGAAGACAUCUUUAAAGUCCCACCUGGAAGAGAUCAACCAAUCAGAACAGUGAUGACAAAAGGAGUGGCUGGCAUUGGGAAAACAGUCCUAACACAGAAGUUCACUCUGGACUGGGCUGAAGACAAAGCCCACCAGAACAUCCAGUUCAUAUUUCCAUUCACUUUCAGAGAGCUGAAUGUGCUGAAAGAGAAAAGGUUCAGCUUGGUGGAACUUGUUCAUCAUUUCUUUAGUGAAACCAAAGAAAUCUGCAGCUUUGAACACUUCCAGGUUCUGUUCAUCUUUGAUGGUCUGGAUGAGAGUCGACUUCCUCUGGACUUCUACAACAAGGAGAUCCUGACUGAUGCUACAGAGUCCACCUCAGUGGAUGUUCUGCUGACAAACCUUAUCAGGGGGAAACUGCUUCCCUCUGCUCUCCUCUGGAUAACCACACGACCUGCAGCAGCCAAUCAGAUCCCUCCUCAGUGUGUUGACAUGGUAACAGAGGUCAGAGGGUUCAAUGACCCACAGAAGGAGGAGUACUUCAGGAAGAGAUUCAGAGAUAAGGAGCAGGCCAGCAGGAUCAUCUCCCACAUGAAGACAUCACGAAGCCUCCACAUCAUGUGCCACAUCCCAGUCUUCUGCUGGAUCACUGCUACAGUUCUGGAGGAUGUGUUGGAGACCAGAGAGGGAGGAGAGCUGCCCAGAACCCUGACGGAGAUGUACAUCCAAUUCCUGGUGGUUCAGACCAAAGUGAAGAAGGUCAAGUAUGAUGGAGGAGCUGAAACAGAUCCACACUGGAGUCCAGAGAGCAGGAAGAUGAUCAAGUCUCUGGGAAAACUGGCUUUUAAUCAGCUGCAGAAAGGAAACCUGAUCUUCUAUGAAUCAGACCUGACAGAGUGUGGCAUCAAUAUCAGAGCAGCCUCAGUGUACUCAGGAGUGUUCACACAGAUCUUUAAAGAGGAGAGAGGUCUGUACCAGGACAAGGUGUUCUGCUUCAUCCAUCUGAGUGUUCAGGAGUUUCUGGCUGCUCUUCAUGUUCAUCGGACCUUCAUCAACUUUGGUGUCAUCUUGAUGGGAGGAAGAUCUCAGAAAUCUUUAUUAUUUAAUAAAUCUAAACUAAAGGUUCUCCAUCAGGGAGCUGUUGACCAGGCCUUACAGAGUCCAAAUGGACACCUGGACUUGUUCCUCCGCUUCCUCCUGGGACUUUCACUGCAGACCAAUCAGAGACUCCUAAAAGGUCUGCUGACACAGACAGGAAGUAGCUCACAGACCAAUCAGGAAACAGUUCAGUACAUCAAGGAGAAGAUCAGUAAAAAUGUGUCUGCACAGAAAAGCAUCAAUCUGUUCCACUGUCUGAAUGAACUGAAUGAUCAUUCUCUAGUGGAGGAGAUCCAACAGUCUCUGAGUUCAGGAAGUCUCUCCACAGAUAAACUGUCUCCUGCUCAGUGGUCAGCUCUGGGUUUCAUCUUAGUGUCAUCAGGAAAAGAUCUGGAUGUGUUUGACUUGAAGAAAUACUCUGCUUCAGAGGAGGUUCUUCUGAGGCUGCUGCCAGUGGUUAAAGCCUCCAACAAAGCUCUACUGAGUGGCUGUAACCUCUCAGAGAGAAGCUGUGAAGCUCUGUCCUCAGUUCUCAGCUCCCAGUCCUCCAGUCUCAGAGAACUGGACCUGAGUAACAACAACCUGCAGGAUUCAGGAGUGAAGCUUCUCUCUGCUGGACUGAAGAGUCCAAACUGCAACCUGGAAACUCUCAGCUUAUCAGGCUGUUUGGUCUCAGAGGAAGGCUGUGCUUCUCUGGCCUCAGCUCUGACCUCCAACCCCUCCCAUCUGAAAGAGUUGGACCUGAGCUACAAUCAUCCAGGAGACUCAGGAGUGAAGCUGCUGUCGGCUGGACUGAAGGAUCCACACUGGAGACUGGAAGCUCUCAGGGUGGAGCCUGCUGGAGGCCGAUUCUUGACACCAGGUCUGAGGAAGUAUUCCUGUCAACUCACCAUCGACACAAACACAGUGAACAGAAAACUCAAACUGUCUGAAGAUAACAGGAAGGUGACACGUGUGAAGGAGCUUCAGUCAUAUCCUGAUCAUCCAGAAAGAUUUGAUAACUGGAAUCAGCUGCUGUGUAGAACUGGUCUGACUGGUCGCUGUUACUGGGAGGUCGAGUGGAGAGGAAUAGUUUAUAUAUCAGUGAGUUACAGAAGAAUCAGGAGGAAAGGAAACAGUGGAGACUGUUUGUUUGGAUAUAAUGAUCAUUCCUGGAGGCUGAGAUGCUCUGAUGAUGAUGGUUACUCUGUCUGGCACAAUAAGAUAAAAACUGGUCUCUCCUCCUCCUCUCCACACGCCUUAUUGUCUUUCAGAACUCGUCUCUCCUCCUCCUCUGUCUCUAACAGAGUAGCAGUGUAUGUGGACUGUCCUGCUGGCAUUCUGUCCUUCUACACAGUUUCCUCUGACUCACUGAUCCUCCUCCACACCUUCAACACCACAUUCACUGAACCUCUGAUUCCUGGAUUUGGGGUCUGGCCCAGUUCUGGUUCCUCAGUGUUUCUGUGCUGA